AUGUCGUACCUCGCCCGCUCGAUACGCUCCUCACGAGCAGCGACUCUCCUCACAGCUCGCCGUCAUGCCGCCGUACCAGCUACCUUCCACACAAGCUCAAUAAACCGCGCCAUGUCCGAAGCAGACCACCGUCCUCUAACACCAGCCCACAAAGACGACGACAAGCGCUCAGAGAAGAUCGACACACACAAGCACGACAGCGUUGGCAAGGCCAAGUCCGGCGAGGGCGAAUGGAAGCCAGAGUUGGCCAGCCAGAGCGAGCAGGUCGCGCAGCAUGAGAACAAUGAUAUGAGCAUGAAAGAGAUGCAGGAUAUGGGGGCGAAGAAGGCGGAGGAUGGGAAGAGGCCUUCUGGGAGUGAGAGCUCGAAGAAGGCGUAG